AAUCGUUUGGUGUGUUUUCGUGUCCUUUGCAAUUUUUGCCAAAAUGUUGAGCCGGAAAAGACGCGCUAGUUCGAUUUCCAGUAAGCAAGAUGAAGAUCCUUUGCAAAUGGAUGAUUCUACGCCGGAGCAGUCACCAGUUUUGCAAACCUCAGUGCGCAAAAAACGCCGGCUGGACCCUUCAGAACUGUGCCAGCAGUUGUACGAUUCAAUACGAAGUCUCAAAAAAGAAGAUGGCGCUACUUUAUGCGACUCUUUCAUACGUGCUCCAAAACGACGCCAAGAGCCUUCGUACUAUGAUGUUGUGGCAAAUCCUAUAGAUUUAUUGAAAAUUCAGCAAAAAUUAAAAACUGAUUCAUAUGACGAUGUAGACGAAUUGAUGCAAGAUUUUGAACUGUUGGUAAAAAAUGCUAAAGCUUUCUAUAAGUCAGAUACAGAUGAAUAUCAUGACGCUGAAGCACUUUGGCAGCAUGUACUUGUUAAUAAACAUAGAUUACUGGAGUCGAAUGGUAUUGUUGAAGAAGAGCCAAAGUCAAAACGUCUUUCACGUAAUCCAAGGCGUUUGACUGGAUCCGCUGGUAAUAAUGGCGGAGCCGAAGCAGAAAAUGAACCUUCACGACUCGAUGACGACCUAAAUCCUUACGAAGAACUUUUUGCCACUGUAAUGACUGCGGUGGACUCCACUAUGAAUGAUCGACCCCUUCAUCGCAUGUUUCUUCUACUACCUUCUAAGAAAAUGUAUCCUGACUAUUAUGACGUUAUAGAGCAUCCCAUAGAUUUAAGACUAAUCGCGACAAAAAUUCAGAUGAAUGCUUAUUCUAGUCUAGUGGAAAUGGAAAGGGACUUGUUACAAAUGAUGAAGAAUGCUUGCCAGUUCAAUGAACCUGGAUCCCAAAUUUACAAAGAUGCUAAAACACUUAAACGCCUUUUCACGCAACGACGCGUAGAGAUCGAGAGUGGAAAAAUUAAGCCCACGCGACGUAUAAAAACGCUUUCAAGUGCAGCAAUUUCUGCGAUGAAAGCGAUGAAAGAAGACGUUGAUAGUUCAGAUGAUGAAGAAACCAGCAAAAAGGGGGAAGGCCCUAUGUGGGCGUUGUUUGAUCAUUUGUAUAAUGCGCCUGGAUCGACCGAGCAUCCUGGUGCAACGGGUCCUCCAUUAGGCAAUUCAUUGUGGAAGCUGCCGGUUCGCCGUUUUCAUCAAGAAUACUACGAACUUAUUAAACGUCCCAUCUCCAUGUCUCAGAUACAUACAAAACUCAAAAAAGGGGAAUACGCAAAUAUAAGCGAUCUUACAGCUGACCUUUGUCUUAUGUUAGAUAAUGCUAAAAAAGCAUUUCCGCCAACACAUCGCAUGCAUAAAGAUGCUGUAAAAAUGUUAAAAAUUAUGAAUACAAAGUUAGUAGAAGAUACUUUGGAACCGGAGACGAGCGACAUGGAAGACGAUGGUGAUAUCGAAGCUGAUUGCGAGGAUACUUCGGCUAGCAAUAGUGUACCGAGGAAAAAGGGUCGCCCACGUAUAAAUUCUAACAACACAAACACCCCAAAUACACCGAAUAGUAAUUCACCCAAGUCAAGUCGGAUUCCAAUAAACGCUACUAUAAAAAGGAAAAUUUUAAGUAUACAAAAAUAUUUGGUUGACUUCACAAUCAGCAAUCGAAGGCCCAUUGAGUUGUUUAUGGAGAAGCCUCCACGAAAAAUUUAUCCAGAUUACUAUGAUAUUAUACAAAAUCCGAUGGAUAUGAAUACCAUUGACCACAACAUACGUUGCGAUAAAUAUGCGACCGUAGAAGAUGUAGUGGCAGAUUAUCGUCUUAUGUUUUCUAAUUGUAGACAAUAUAAUGAAGAAGGAUCAACCAUUUACGAGGACGCCAAUAAUUUAGAGAGAGCUUUGAAUGAAAAAUUGAAAGAAUUCCCCGGUUUGGCGGACAUUAAGAAACCAUUGCAAAAGUUAUCUAAACCUAGUGGUCGAAGAAAGACCGCUGUGGUUGAAAAAUUGUGGCAAUUUUAUGAGACAAUAAGAGAGUUCCAAGAACCAAAAGGUAAACGACAAUUGUCAUUGAUAUUCACCAAGCUUCCAUCGAAAAACGAGUAUCCAGAUUAUUACGACAUCAUAAAGGAACCAAUUGAUAUGGAGCGUAUUGCGCAAAAAUUAAAACAAAGCAGCUAUGAGAGCGUCGAUGAGUUAGGGGCUGAUUUUCUACUGAUGCUUGAGAACGCUUGCAAAUACAAUGAGCCAGAUUCGCAAAUUUACAAAGACGCUCUGGUACUGCAGCAAUUGACACUCCAAUUGAAACAAAGCCUACGCAGUGAGCAUUCAUCGAUACCAGAUGUGUCGCUGGCGGUGCAGGAACUGUUCCUCAGCUUAUUUACGCAACUCUACAAUCACCAGGACGAAGCCGGAAGAUUCUAUUCUGACUCUUUGGCCGAGGUACCGGAAUAUGACGAAGUUGCUGAUGCAAGCGGUAAAUUUACUAAAGUUCGUGGAAUCUCAUUAGAUUUAAUCAAACGUCGUUUGGAUAAGCUUGCCUACAAACGCUUAGAUAUUUUUCAAGAGGAUGUAUUCUCGUGUCUCGAACGUGCACGACGUUUAUCGCGUACUGAUUCUGACGUAUUUCAGGAUUCAAUUGAACUACAGAUUAUUUUUAUUAAAAAUAGGGAUGAACUAUGUAAAGAUUCAUUUAGCUCGCCAGCACUAAUGUACACAGUCGGUAACUUACUUGCUGAGGUAGAAAUUAUGCGCCAACAGAAACUUGCACAAGAAGACCAGGAUCAGGAGGAUAAGGACGAAUUGGAUACUGCAGCAAUGCAAGGUGAAAGUAUGACUAUCAACCAAAAUGUGUUUUCUCCUGGAGACUUUGUAUAUUUUCAAUUACCGGAAAAUAAAAUACCUGGUAUUGCUUAUAUUGAGCGCCUUUGGACCACAACAGAUAACGUGAAGUGGAUGUAUGGUGCAGUUUUUCUACGUCCACAUGAAACUUACCAUGUGACAACUCGAAAAUUUCUUGAAAUGGAGGUAUUCAAGAGCAGUGCUUCCCAGACGAUUCCUAUGGACAAAGUGCUCGGCAAAUGCUAUAUUAUGCACAUAAAAGACUACAUAAAAAUGCGACCAGAAGGUUUCGCUGAUAAAGAUGUAUUCGUGUGUGAAUCGAGAUACAAUAUCCGAGGGCGCUGCUUCAAAAAAUUUAAAGUUUGGCCUUUCGUUCGCGAAAACGAUCCAGUUCGUUUUAUUACGCGCGAUGAACCAUUAGAAUUGCGUCGUGUAAUGUCCGUUUUUAAAGAACGCAUAGAAAAGCACAAAGGCGAGUUGGAGGAACUAAAACUUCAGGAGACACUGGUGGAGAAAGAAAAACCCAAUGUCGUAUGUGAUGCACCGCCUAUCAAUCCUGAACCGAAUAGUGUUUACUAUCAGCAAUUUAAUACGAUUUGCAGUGGUGCUGUUAAGAUCGGCGACUUUGUAUAUGUAGCUACACAAAGUGGAAAACAAUCAAUAGCGCAAAUCCAUCAAAUAUGGGAACACUCAAAUAAGUCUUAUUUCAAAGGACCUUGGCUUUUGGCACCAAAUGAGAUAGUUUCGCCAUUAAAUAAGCAGUUCUAUCGCCAGGAAAUCUUAUUGUCGACAGUUGAGGAUAUUAGCCCCUUAAUAGCUAUUGUUGGACGUUGUGCAGUGCUUGAGUAUGCAGAAUACAUAAACUGUCGUCCGACAGAGAUUUCAGAGAGUGAUGUUUAUAUUUGUGAGUCCGUUUACGAUGAGUUGAAAAAAUCCUUACGCAAACUCAACACGCCUGGAGGUCUACGUAAAUUUCAACACAGUGUUGAAGUAACUCAAGACGAGAUCUUUCAUUUCAAAACUCCUAUCAAGCCUUGCAAGGAACUUAAAGGCUCAGAUGUCAAUGAAAAUUUGGGUAUGCUUGAAGAUUCACUGGAUGGCAAUCCGCCAUCAGUUAAUUCGGACAUAGCCGCAAUAUCAUCGCCAGCACCUUCGGUAUCAUCUACACCGAUAUCCUCCAAGGCAAAGAAUAAAAACACUAAAAAGAGUCUUACUGGUUACAUACUUUAUUCGAGUGAAGUACGCAAAGGAAUUAGCCAGAGCAAUCCUGAUGCUUCGUUUGGCGAUAUUUCACGUAUGGUGGGCACUGAAUGGAAGAACUUGCCGGCUAGUGUCAAGCAAAAUUGGGAAGAUCGCGCUUCACGAUUAAAUGAGGAAUCAGCCGCCCGUCGCGAAAUCGAUGAGAGUUUGAAUUGUGGCGUAAGCGGUAGUCCGGGUCCCAAUGAUCAACAGAAUGGGCACGUAUUUGAAUGUCUAUGGGACAAAUGCGAUUAUCAAUUCGAGGAUGCUGUUGAUUGUAUGGAACAUUGUAUCCAAGAUGGCACAGGGCAUAUUCAACGGACUGUCAUGCAAGGCAACGAUACUGAACUCACAUGUCUAUGGCGGGGCUGUAUUCGCAUGAAGAAGAAUAUGCAAGCUUUUCCAUCAUUGUUGCGAUUGAUCAAGCAUGUCAGGGAGGUGCACCUAAGCAAGGGCGGUAAAAUUAUUCCUGCAAGUGAACGCAGUAAGAAUUAUGUGCAUCGAAAGAAUCAGAAGACACACGGUGCGCAGAUGAAUUCACACGGUCAACUGUCAAAUAUGUCUCCCAGGGGUGAAAAUGGUGCUGGCUCUCAGUACGCAAUGCAAGUUUUGGGACCACCACCAGAGCCAAUGUUUGUUACGGUGCCACCAAGACCACAGCGCGUACUCCAUUCCGAGGCAUAUAUUAAGUAUAUUGAGGGAUUGCAAAAUCAUUCAACUUCUUCACAGAAGCCUGCUUGGAAGAAUUCAUUGAAAAAAGCAACUCCGGCAAAUGCUACUGCUAAAACGGGUUUACCUACCCAUUGGCUAGGGAAAUAUGCGGAGGGCAACGCUGACGAUAUGGUAUCAGCACUAUGUCAUUUGCGCAAUUUUAUGAUGGAUGAUGCACUUAAAAUUCAUCGUAGCUGCUACUAAUUAAAAUUGAAAACAUAAGAGCGUGUCAGAAGUGGCUAUAUUUCCAACUUUUCCACGCAAUUCGCUGUCAAAUUGAGAAAGAGAAAUUAUAUUUCGUCGUUGUGAACAUCCAGAAAGACCUUUCUAUCACUUUUCGGAAAUCACUUUGAGAAAUUCAAGUUGCAAGGUGUGACUGCAACUGAAAGAGCGAUAACGAUUACGGAAAUAUAUUUUAAGUUGCUCGUGCUGCAUUAGCCAAUUUUAUUUCUGCUGCAGCUGCUGUCCAACUUAAUCGGGUGUUACCGAAUGACAUUGAUCGCGAGUCUGUGAGAAAUAAUAACGAAUAACAUUAAUAAAAUAUUAGAAAUGCUUUGAUUUAAUUAUUGUGCGGGGAUUAAUUGUUUAGUUCAUAAUAAAUUAUUCUUCAAAUUAAAAAAAAAAAGUUAAUUAUAAACCAGAGAAAAAAAAAAACAAUCGGAAGAGCAGCUCACGGUUGCAUUUAAGUAUCGAGAAAGAUUGACAGACAUUUAUUCGCACUGUGAACAGCCAAAAAGCGCUUUCAGAAAUUUUCCAUGCAAUUUGUUACAUGCAUGUGUGACUGCUCAUGCAACUACUUUCUCAAUUUUCUCAAUUUGACAAUUUUCGAAAUAUAUUGCAUUACCACUUCUGGCACAUUCUCUACUCAAACAUAUUUGGCAUGCAUCGUCUUUGUAUGUGUUUCAAUUUAUUUUUAAUGGAGUUUCUAUACCAUUUUUACCAUUAAUAACACGGUGCUGCAAAAAAAAAGAGUAACGAAAUACACCCGAAACAAAAGCCAGUUUAGGUUGUAGGUAUGGUCGAUAUUUGUGCCAGUGAAAUACGGUAUAUAACAGUUUUGAGUAAAUAUUUAUGAACUUCUUAGCCACAAUGCUCAAAAAAUCUGCACGUACAUACACACAUAUAAGUUCAACGUCGUAUUUUUGCUUAUAUUGCUUAACUUUGACAAUUUUGAUGCAAUUGCAUUGGAUGAGGUAUCAAUUUAUUCGAAAAUAAAUGUUAUUUUGGAUAAAUACCACAUAUUUGGCAACUUGCAUAGAAAUUUUUGAAAUAUACGGGUAUCUUCAUGUUGUACUCGACCAUAUCUACAACCUACACUAGGUUUUGUUUCGGGUGUAUUUCAUGAUUUUUUUUUUGUAGCACCGUGUAGUUAAUGGAUGUAUGUAGACAUAUUACAUAUACAUAUAUCGCAAACAAUUUUAUAUACAUACAUACUUACGUAGUCGACGCGAUUUUAUUCCAAACUUUGUGCGUUUUUGUUUUAAGUUUGAAAAUAUUCAUUUCAAAACGCUUGUAUCCUAACACACUACUGGGCUUAUUCAUAAUACAUAAUGGGACCUUAUUCAUAGAAAAUAAAAUAGAUUUAAAGAGCUGUAUAAAGUUACAUUUUCAUAAAAAUUUUCGAUUUAUAAAACAGUUAGUCUUUUUUUUUAUUUUUUAUGAAUUUGGGUGCAUAUCUAUAUGAGGAGUGUAUAUAUAUAUGAGGGAUUCACAACGGUUCCGUAAGUGGCGUAUUGUUGUAUGGCGUAAACUUUAAAAGCUUAAAUAGAUGUUUAGAGAACUUAAACCACAACCAACUAUUUUUUAACACUGCUAAAAUUCGUUAUACUACUUUGAUGGUACUUUGCAAACCCCAUUAAUAAGUUUUUUUUUUGACGUUUAACGUCUAUAAAAAAAAAUACGACACUUACGUCAACUUUGUGAAUACCCCAAUAGUUGUUGACGUCAAUCUUUAAUACCACUUUUGAAAGGCUACCUAUUAAACUGCAAAACAUGUUUAAUAUGUUUUUAAAACUACUCGCACAGCGUUUCGCGACAGAUUAUGAUAUUUCCAGUACAUUUUGAAACUAUGUAAUUCCGUUUUAACACUUCCUGUGAAAUAACGUAAUAUGGAAGUAUAAUUUUUUGAUGAGACAAUCCCCAAACCAGGAUUACUAAGAAUGUAGAGCUCAGCUAAUUAAUUAAUGUGUGUAUGAAUAUAUUUCACUUUGGUGUUAAUGAACAGCAAUAAAAUAUUCUAAAGGUA